AUGCGUCCCGAAGUCGAGCAAGAGCUCGCCCACACGCUCCUUGUCGAGCUACUGGCAUAUCAGUUUGCGUCGCCCGUGAGGUGGAUCGAGACCCAGGAUGUCGUCCUCGAGAAGAACAGAACCGAGCGGAUUGUCGAGAUCGGCCCGGCGGAUACUCUCGGCGGCAUGGCCAAAAGGACACUGGCCUCCAAAUACGAAACCUACGAUGCGGCCACAUCAAUGUCACGCCAGGUUCUGGCCUACAACAAGGAUCUGAAAGAGAUAUACUACGAUGUUGACCCUGUGGAAGAAGAAGCAGCCCCUGCAGCGGCUUCAGCUUCUGACCCAACACCUGCUCCCGCCGCCGCUCCCGCCGCAGCGGCCACAGAAGCAGCGCCGCCUCCUCCAGCGGCCAGCGCUGGCCCCGCAGCUGCGGUUGCCGAUGCUCCAGUUGCAGCUGUGGACAUUCUGCGAGCUCUGGUUGCUCAGAAGCUGAAGAAACCUCUCGCCGACAUUCCCCUCAGCAAGGCUAUCAAAGACUUGGUUGGUGGAAAGUCGACACUGCAAAACGAAAUCCUGGGAGAUCUUGGUAAAGAAUUUGGAUCCACACCUGAAAAGCCGGAAGAUACACCUCUGGACGAGUUGGGAGCUGCUAUGCAGUCUACCUUCAACGGCCAAUUGGGCAAACAGUCACAAUCUUUGAUCGCUCGCAUGGUGGCUUCGAAAAUGCCCGGUGGCUUCAACAUCACAGCCGUCAGAAAGCACCUCGAGACCAGCUUCGGUCUCGGACCUGGCAGACAGGAUGGUGUUCUUUUGCUUGCCCUUACCAUGGAGCCCGCGUCCCGGUUGGGUUCAGAAAACGACGCCAAAACCUAUCUGGGUGACGUUGCUCAGAAAUAUGCUACUGCUGCAGGAAUUAGCCUUUCUUCGGCCUCAGCUGGUGGCGCCGCUGCUGGUGGAGGCGGCGGUGGCAUGAUGAUGGAUCCUGCCGCCAUUGAUGCUCUCACCAAGGAUCAGCGGGCGCUGUUCAAGCAGCAGCUCGAGUUGCUCGCUCGAUAUCUGAAGAUGGAUCUGCGAGCAGGUGACAAAGCCUUUGUCGGCUCUCAGGACGCCAAUAAAGCCCUUCAAGCACAGCUGGACCUGUGGAAUACCGAACAUGGUGAAUUCUACGCCCAGGGUAUUGAGCCAUCUUUCAGCCCCUUGAAAGCGCGUGUGUACGACUCCUCCUGGAACUGGGCUCGACAGGACGCUCUCAGCAUGUACUACGACAUCAUCUUUGGCCGUCUCCAGGCCGUCGACCGAGAAAUCGUCAGCCAGUGUAUCCGCAUCAUGAACAGAUCAAACCCGACCCUCAUUGAGUACAUGCAGUAUCACAUCGACAAUUGCCCGACCGAGCGAGGCGAGACCUACAAGCUGGCUAAGGAGCUCGGCGAGCAGCUGAUCGAGAACUGUAAGGAUGUACUGAACGAAGCACCAGUCUACAAAGAUGUUAUGAUCCCUACUGGUCCCCAAACAACCAUUGAUGCACGAGGGAAUCUCGAUUACAAAGAGGUUCCUCGCCAGAGUGCCCGCAAGCUCGAACACUACGUACGUGAGAUGGCUGAGGGCGGCAAGAUUUCGGAGUACAGCAACCGCACCAAGGUCCAAAACGACCUUCGCAACGUGUACAAGUUGAUCCGAAAGCAGCAUAAACUCUCCAAGGCGUCCCAGCUACAAUUCAACAGCCUGUACAAAGAUGUUGUUCGUGCUCUAGCAAUGAACGAGGCCCAGAUCAUGCCUCAGGAAAAUGGAGAUGUCAAGAAACCUGGCCGCAAUGGGUUGACACGAGCCACCAUGAACGGAACUAUCAAGCAGGGUAAAACUGAGACGAUCCCAUUCCUCCAUCUCAAGAAGAAGGAGGAACACGGCUGGGAUUACAGCAAGAAGUUGACCGGAGUCUACCUCGAAGGGCUCGAGAAUGCUGCAAAAUCCGGUCUCAGCUUCCAAGGCAAGAUGGCAUUGAUGACCGGUGCUGGUGCUGGGUCUAUCGGUGCCGAGGUCUUGCAAGGCCUGAUCAGCGGUGGUGCCAAGGUUGUUGUCACUACCAGCCGCUACUCUCGCGAAGUCACUGAAUACUACCAAUCCAUGUACGCUCGAUUCGGUGGCCGUGGGUCUCAGCUUGUCGUGGUGCCAUUCAAUCAAGGCAGCAAGCAGGAUGUGGAAGCUCUCGUCGACUACAUCUAUGACAACAAGAAGGGGCUGGGUUGGGAUCUCGAUUUUAUUAUUCCAUUCGCUGCCAUUCCCGAGAACGGCCGCGAAAUCGACAGCAUCGACUCCAAGUCCGAGCUGGCUCACCGCAUCAUGUUGACCAACCUCAUCCGGCUGCUCGGCUGCGUAAAGUCCAAGAAAUUCGAGAGUGGGUUCAACACUCGACCUGCUCAGGUCAUGCUCCCACUUUCGCCCAACCACGGGACCUUCGGUAACGAUGGUCUCUACUCCGAGUCCAAACUUGCUCUGGAGACCUUGUUCAACCGUUGGUCUUCUGAGAGCUGGGGCGACUACCUCACUAUCUGCGGUGCUGUCAUUGGCUGGACUCGUGGCACUGGGUUAAUGAGCGGCAACAACAUCGUUGCGGACGGCGUUGAGAAAUAUGGUGUUCGGACCUUCUCGCAGCAAGAGAUGGCCUUCAACUUGCUUGGUCUGAUGUCUCCUGCCAUUGUUGAUCUCUGCCAGGAAGAGCCUGUCUUUGCCGACCUGAACGGUGGCCUCCAGUUCCUCCCCGACCUCAAGAAUCUCAUGACCAAGCUUCGAGCUGAGAUCAUGGAGAGCAGCGCCAUUCGACAGGCCGUCACCAGAGAGACCGCUCUUGAGAACAAGAUCGUCAACGGCGAAGAUAGCGAGGCUCUAUACAAGAAGGUCACCAUCGAGCCCAGAGCAAACCUCAAAUUCGACUUUCCCGAACUACCCGAUUGGAAAAAGGAAAUUGAGCCACACAAUGCCAAGCUCAAGGGCAUGGUUGACCUUGACAAGGUUGUGGUUGUCACCGGUUUCUCCGAGAUCGGCCCAUGGGGUAACUCUCGUACCCGUUGGGAAAUGGAAGCCUAUGGCGAGUUUUCCUUGGAAGGCUGCGUGGAGAUGGCCUGGAUGACAGGGCUCAUCAAGAACCACAACGGCCCUCUGAAGGGCAAAUCCUACUCUGGCUGGGUUGAUGCCAAGACUGGUGAGCCUGUCGACGACAAAGAUGUCAAAGCCAAGUACGAGAAGCAGAUCCUCGAGCACUCUGGUAUCCGUCUUAUUGAGCCUGAGCUGUUCAAUGGCUACGACCCCAACAAGAAACAGCUGCUCCAGGAGAUUCAAAUUGAGGAAGAUCUUGACCAGUUUGAGGCCUCCAAGGAGACAGCUGAAGAAUUCAAGCGACAGCACGGCGAUAAGGCCGAGGUCUUCGAGCUUGAAUCUGGAGAGUACAGCGUUCGCCUGAAGAAGGGCGCGACUCUCCUCAUUCCGAAAGCGCUCAGAUUUGAUCGCCUGGUCGCUGGCCAGAUCCCGACCGGCUGGAACGCGAAGACAUAUGGUAUUCCGGACGACAUCAUCUCCCAAGUCGACCAGGUUACUUUGUUCGUCCUCGUCUGUACUGCGGAAGCACUCCUCUCUGCUGGUGUUACCGACCCGUACGAAUUCUACAAGUAUGUCCACCUGUCAGAGGUGGGCAACUGCGUGGGUUCUGGUAUUGGUGGUACUACCGCGCUUCGCGGCAUGUACAAGGACAGAUUCAUGGACAAGCCUGUGCAGAAGGACAUUCUUCAGGAGUCUUUCAUCAACACCAUGGCUGCUUGGGUGAACAUGUUGCUCUUGUCAUCCACUGGCCCGAUCAAGACCCCAGUCGGUGCUUGCGCGACGGCUGUCGAGUCCAUCGACAUUGGCUACGAGACUAUCAUCGAAGGCAAGGCUCGGGUCUGCUUCGUCGGCGGUUUUGACGACUUCCAAGAAGAAGGCUCUUACGAAUUCGCCAACAUGAAGGCCACGAGCAACGCCGAAGACGAAUUUGCCCAUGGCCGCACACCAAGAGAAAUGUCCCGCCCUACUACCACGACCCGAAAUGGGUUCAUGGAGUCCCAAGGAUGUGGUAUGCAAAUUAUCAUGACGGCUCGUCUUGCGUUGGAUAUGGGUACCCCCAUCUACGGCAUCCUUGGCCUUGUCUCAACCGCCACCGACAAGAUUGGGCGAUCUGUGCCAGCUCCUGGUCAAGGCGUGUUGACCACGGCUCGUGAGAACCCCGGCAGAUUCCCGUCGCCUCUGCUCGACAUCAAUUACCGCAGGAGACAGCUCGAUCUUCGACGACGUGCCAUCAAGAAUUGGCAAGAAUCAGAGCUUUUGUACCUCCAUGAAGAAGUCGCGGCGAUGAAGGCACAAGCCGGCUUUGGCUUCAACGAGACCGAGUAUAUGGAGGAGCGUGCAGCUCACAUUGAAAAGGAGGCUAUCAGGCAGGAGAAGGAGGCGCAGUUCAGCCUGGGCAACAACUUCUGGAAGCAAGAUUCCUCCAUUGCUCCUCUCCGUGGUGCGCUGGCCACCUGGGGUCUCACCAUCGAUGACCUGGAUGUCGCAUCCUUCCAUGGUACGUCCACGGUUGCCAACGACAAGAACGAGUCCGAGGUCAUCUGCAAGCAGAUGGCUCACCUCGGCCGCAAGAAGGGCAAUGCUCUCCUCGGUAUCUUCCAGAAGUAUCUGACCGGCCAUCCCAAGGGUGCCGCAGGUGCUUGGAUGUUCAACGGUUGCCUGCAAGUCCUCAACAGCGGUCUGGUACCAGGCAACCGCAACGCGGACAACGUCGAUCAGGUGAUGGAGAAGUUCGACUACAUCGUCUAUCCGAGCCGCUCACUCCAGACCGAUGGCAUCAAGGCGUUUUCAGUCACGUCUUUUGGUUUCGGUCAGAAAGGUGCUCAAGCUAUCGGCAUCCACCCUAGGUAUCUGUAUGCUGCAUUGGACGAGGCCGAGUUCCAGCGCUACAAGAUGAAGGUCGAAGCUAGACAGAAGAAGGCGUACCGCUUCUUCCACAACGGCAUGAUCAACAACACCAUCUUUGUCGCCAAGACCAAGGCGCCAUAUCCAGAUGAGAUCAUGCAGAAGGUCUUCCUGAACCCCGACCAGCGUGUCUCCGCCGACAAGAAAUCUGGCGAGCUUGUGUACACUCCUGUGUCUCCCACUAAGCCAUUGAGCCACAACGCAUCGGAAACGAAGGCGAUGCUGGAAUCUCUGACAAAGGCCAGCGCUGCCGAGGGCUCCAAGGUCGGCGUGGACGUUGAGGACAUUCGUGCUAUCAACAUUGAGAACGAGACGUUCGUCCACAGAAACUUUACCGAACAGGAGCAGGCCUACUGCAACAAGGCCGCCUCUCCUCAAGCAUCAUAUGCCGGACGGUGGAGCGCGAAGGAAGCGGUGUUCAAGUCGCUGGGAGUUUGCGGCAAGGGCGCAGGUGCUCCUUUGCACGACAUUGAGAUCCUCGCCGACGAGAACGGUGCACCAAAAGUUGAGCUCCACGGAGCUGCUCUCGAGGCUGCCAAGCAAGCUGGCGUCAAGACGGUGAAUGUCAGCAUCAGCCACAGCGAAAGCCAGGCGAUCGCUGUCGCUGUUUCUGCUUUUUGA